AUGGCUCCUCUCCCAAAGCGCGCUGUCAUUACCGUCACUUCAGCCAAGGCUGACCUCUUCAAUGGCAAAGAGACAACCGGUGUCUUCAUCUCGGAGGUUCUUCACCCAUUUCGAGUGUUCCGUGAUGCCGGCUUUGAAGUUGACUCGAAACUCAAUAACACGCCGACCCCUUCUGGGCUUGAUGGCAAUAACUACGGAAUCUUUUUCGCUUCGGCUGGUCACUCUGCUCCCAUUGACUACCCAACUGCUACUGGUCUGCAAAAAAUCGCCGAGGAUAUCUGGGCAAACGGUGGAGUUGUGUCUGCCGUUUGCCACGGUCCCACCAUUUUCGCCAACAUCAAGGACAAGGCCACUGGAAAGCCCAUUAUUGGCGGUAGAACCAUCACUGGAUUUACCAACGAGGGAGAAUAUGUCUUGAAGAUCAUGCCGGAGAUUAAGAGCUGGGGCAAGCCCCUCGUGGAGGAGCAUGCAGCGGCUCUCGGUGCUACGUACAAGCGUCCCGAUAACGUUUGGGCUGACUUGCACAUCGUCGAUGGCCGCGUGGUAACUGGUACCAAUCCCGCGAGUGCUACGUCGACGGCCAAGGCUGCCGUGGAAGUCUAUAACAGCCCUUGA